AUGCCGUCCAAGAGUAAUAAGAAGAAGGCCGCCGCUGAAAGGUCUGCGAAGUUGGCCAACGAAGCAACGGAGGUCGCCGAGUCAGCUCCAACUCCCACCGAGCCUCCGCCAGCCGCAGCUACCACACCCUCUCAACCAACGCCUGAAAUGCCGAAGUCUUCGAAGCCAGCUCCCCCCAAGGAGCUCGUCGCCCCUUCCAACAUUGCUCCACUCAAGAAGAACAAGCCGUUGAAAGUCACCACCAACUCGUAUCAAAUGGAGGUGAAGAAUGUGGUUUGCUAUCGAUAUGAUGUGAAGAUCACUGGACAAGCUGAUGGAAGGAAUCAAUUCCUUUUGACUGGAUCGAAAGGAAGCGAUCGUCAGAAGCAAACCGAGUUGGCGGAGAUCUUGACUCUCGCGAUGAAGAAGGAGAACAUCACCCAACUCUACAUCUACGAUGGAGCCGCAACACUCCACACCCCCGCUCAAUUCAAUGUGAAGAAGAAUGGAGCGUCUGGAACCAUCAUCACCACCAUCGACUCCACUGAGCUCUCAUCUUCCCUCCGCAAUUCAUACUUCUCCAAGACACAUGGAAGAUUCGAUGUGAUCGUUGAGUUGAACAGUGCUCAACCUCAACUCCACUCAUCUGACUUGCUCAAGGAGAGCCCGGAUUCCACGUCAUGCCCAGUCACACAAAUGAUUCAAAUCGCUCUUUGUGAAGAGGCGAAACGCAACAACUUUCUCAUCACAGAUGGUGGAAACGAGAUGUUCGAUAGGGCUGGAGUGACACAAAUCAGAGGAGUCGAGGAUAUGAAUGGAGUCGGUGCUGGAAUCAAGAUUGCGAUGGGAGUCGAAGGGAAGCCUGCUGCUCACUUGAUCUUGGAUUACAAGAAAAAGCAGUUCUUCGCCAACACCCCCCUCACAAACCUCAACCUCGACUGGACCAACAUCCCGAAGGUCAAGAAUUACCUGAAAGGUCUCAAAGUGUCCACCAAGACCAACGACCGCCCUCAAACAUUUACCAUCGAUGGCCUCUCGAGUCUCCUGAUGGGACAGAUCAAGUACGACGGAGGGAGUGUCCUGCAGAACGCGAUGAGGUGCACAGGAAAGCCGGCUAGCGCAUUCAACACGGAGAUUCCCGCAAUCGAAUCGAGACAGUUUAGUAAGCGUGAAGGAAAAAAGAAGACUUUCAACUUCCCCAUCGAGAUUCUCGUCCUUGCACCAAAUCAGAAGUUGAAUCCAAAACACGGAAAUCCGCCGAGAUGUGAGAGACCUCAUAAACGAUUCGAGCUCACGAAGACUGUCGGAGAGAAGGCUCAUAUCCUCUCUUCAAACAAGAUUCUCGAAUCGUUCGGAGUCAAAAUUCGUCCAGAGCCGAUUGUUGUUGAUGCAGUCACUGUACCCAUUCCAACCAUCCAAUACAAAACGUCGUGUACUGCUCCGGAUCUCUCGAAACAAGCGAAAUGGGAAGUUCGUGGUCCGUUCGUGGAACCUGCGACGAUUGGAAAGAUUCUUAUUGUGUUCAACAGCACCAACCCACAGGAUUCUGAUAAGUUGAUUCAGUUGAAGGGACAAUUUGCUCAUACUGCCAGAGAUUGUGGAGUGACCAUCAGAGAAAUUAGUACCGAGAAUUUGGCACAGACAUAUCCUGGAGCAAGUGUACUGCUUGCGAUUGAGAAGAAAUUUGCCGAACUCAAAUCUCUUCCAGUCGCCAAAAAGCCACUCGUCAUCUACGCCGACUACAGCUCUUCUCCAACUCACGGAUUCUUGAAACUCCAGGAGAGACUCUGUGACGUCGUCACUCAACAAGUCUCAUUCGACAAGUCGCUCUCUAGACCCACAAUUGGCCGAUCUACUAUGAUCAACUUCAUGCUCAAGUUGAAUCUGAAAUCAGGUGGACUUAACCAUAAGGUCAAGCCGGAUCCAUCCAUCGCCCACUUGUAUGGAGACUCCUCCAACACGCUCUUCAUCUCCUACGACGUAUGUCACUCAUCUGGAAUCCUCUACCGUAAGGGAGAAGUGUGCGAUGAGCCAAGUUGUGUCGGGUUCGGGUUCAACGGCACCGCCCACCCUGAAGCCAUCAUUGGCGACUUCCACUACCAACUCCCAAGGACGGAACAAGUGGAUGAUGAGGUUCUCAAGACUCGUGCCAACUUCAUCUUGACUCAAUACGCCACUGCUCGCAAGAAGUUCCCAGAUCAGAUUGUGAUCCUUCGUGAUGGAGUUUCGGAGGGUCAGCAUGCUAUGGUGGUUAAUGAUGAGUUCGCAGCAAUCAAGGAUGGAAUCAUGACCUGUUUGAAGAACAACAAGCAGACAAAAGUGCCAGCAUUGGCUCUCCUGAUUGUCACCAAGCGUCAUGCGAACCGCCUCUUCGUCAAGGAUACUCAAGGAAUCUCCAACGUGCCACCUCUCACCGCCAUCGAUCAAGGAAUUGUCAGAAAGAAUGGAAACGAGGUGAUCUUUGUGUCCCAUUGUCCACUCCAAGGAACCGCCCAACCCAUUGUUAUCAACAUGCUGCACAACGAGAAAGUGUUCAAGACAAACGAUGAAUUGGUCCAGUUGAUGUCGGUGAUGUGUUGUGCUCAUCAGUCUUCCACAACCAUCGUCUCUUUGCCGGAGACGAUCUAUGCGGCUGAUGAGUAUGCGAAGAGAGGAGCUGAUAUCUUCCAGGCAUAUAAAUCACAACCCGGCGUCGUGCUCCCAACAAAAGUCACCGAGGAAACUGGAGAGCAACUCGAUUUCCUGAACAUCACCCAGACUCUGUGCUACUUCAAGAGCUCCUUCAAGGGACGCAGAAUCGCCUAA